AUGUCAUUGUUAAGACCAUUAAUCAAAAAUAACAAUAACAAUUUUUUCACAAAGGUAGUGAUUGAUGUAAGCGAUGAUAAUGCAACUUUACCUUUUAAACAAGCAAUCUUUUUAGAAGAAGAAGAUUUGAAUCUUUUUUUAGUAGGAUAUCGCUUUCAUAGAUAUCGUUUUUAUAUUUAUUGUCUUCUAUGCAUUUUGACUUGUGGUGGUUUCUACCUUCUUGGUAGAUGGAUUCCAAAACUGUGGUUAUUGUUGGUUGGUGAUGCUUGUGAAUUGGGAAAAGCUGAAUUGAUAGCAGUAAAGGAUCAAUGUGAUGAGAUUUCUAUUGAACAUGUUGUUAAAAAAUAUUAUGGCGAUACAAUAUCCUCGGCUUUCUCGCCUGAUCAAUUUGAUGAAGUUGAUACUACCAGACUAUCUACUUAUUCAUCAGAUGAAAUUCUACAUUACAUACAUUAUUUUGAUUAUCGACAUAUUCGAUUCAUUUAUCACCCUAAAUUGGAAAAGUUCCUACAAAAUAGUUAUUGGAAAGAUCCUUCAUGGGUAUCCACCAAAUUACUUAAAAAUGGAAUAACUCGUGACACUCAUAAUGCUCGUGAAAUUAUAUUUGGUUCAAAUUUGAUAGAUAUUCAAGAAAAGUCUGUUUAUAAACUAUUGUUGGAUGAGGUUCUAAAUCCAUUUUACAUAUUUCAAGCCUUUUCGAUGCUUCUUUGGUUUUGUGACCAAUAUUACUAUUAUGCCACUUGGAGACACGUAUCUUCAGAAAAUUUAGUGCCUGGUGAUGUAUUUGAAAUUUCAGACCCGAAACUUUAUGUUUUCCCUUGUGACGCAGUUUUAUUAAGUGGGGAUUGUAUUGUGAAUGAAAGCAUGCUUACUGGCGAGUCAAUCCCUGUAUCAAAAUUGCCUAUAACAGAUGCUGCAUUAAGAUUAUUGGAUUUGUCAUCUGCUAAUGUCAUACCUGAGGUUGCCAAACAUUUUCUUUUUGCAGGAACAAAAAUCGUUCGUGUCCGAAAGCAGAAAAUUGGUGUAAAUUCUUCAGGAAGCGAUAGUAACUUUAUGAUAGAUGAUGAGAGUGCGGCAUUGGCUAUGGUUGUAAGAACUGGUUUCAAUACAACUAAGGGAUCUUUGAUUCGAUCGAUUUUAUUUCCUAAGCCAAACAGUUUUAAAUUUUAUCGUGAUUCCUUCAAGUUUAUAGGAAUAUUGUCUGCUAUUGCUUCCAUUGGGUUUAUAAUAAGCACUAUUAAUUUUAUUAGGAUGAGAGUUAAAGUAUCUUUGAUCAUAUUGAGGGCACUUGAUUUAAUCACUGUUGUGGUUCCUCCAGCAUUACCAACUACAAUGAGUAUUGGUACUAGUUUUGCUAUUCAAAGAUUGAAAAAAUCGGGGAUAUUUUGUAUUAGUCCUCCAAGAGUUAAUAUGGGAGGAAAAUUAAAUGUAAUGUGUUUUGACAAAACUGGUACUCUCACGGAAGAUGGAUUGGAUGUGUUGGGAAUCAGAUAUGUAGAUUAUAGCAGCAACAGAUUCUCGGAGUUAUAUACAAACAUUGAAACCCUUUGUCCAAAAAGUGAUAAUGAUUCUUUGGUUAACAUGAAAAACGUUUUUCCAAAUUCAAAAAUCGAACCGAUUUUGUUUGCUAUGACAACAUGCCAUUCUCUUAAAUUGGUGAAUAACGAAUUGAUUGGUGAUCCACUUGAUUUAAAGAUGUUUCAGUUUACUAAAUGGAUAUUGGAGGAAAGUGGGCAAGGAAGUUCAACUGCCAAUUCAUUGGGAGUUACAAAUGGUUCAUCUCCAAAUAGUCCAAUAACUGGUGGUAUAGUGCCAACUGUUGUAAGACCUCCUGGUGGCAGACAAUUCGAUUUAACUGACAUUUUAGGUAAUGAAGAGCGUAAUAGUGAAUCAAAGGCAAAUCAACUUUUUGAAUUGGGGAUUAUUCGUACUUUUGAAUUUGUUUCAUCAUUGCGCCGUAUGAGUGUACUUGUUAAACGACUUAGAAGUAGUACUAUAGAAGUUUAUGUCAAAGGUGCACCUGAAGUAAUGAGAGAAAUUUGUGUUCCGGAUUCAUUUCCUACAGAUUACAAUGAAUUAUUAAAUUACUAUACACAUCAUGGAUUUCGUGUCAUAGCGUGUGCAUAUAAAAGCUUUACUGAUUUGAGUUGGAUGAAAGCACAAAAGAUUAAAAGAGAACAGGUUGAACAAGGCCUGCAAUUUCUUGGGUUAAUUAUAUUUGAAAAUAAAUUAAAGCCUGGUACAGCCCCUGUAAUCAAUACUCUUAAAAAAGCAAAUAUGCGACAAAUUAUGUGUACAGGUGACAAUGUAUUGACUGCAAUUAGUGUAUCUCGUGAAUGUGGCUUAAUUAAUCCGGAUGGAAAGAUAUAUGUUCCGCGAUUUUCCCAAGGUACUUCAUCAGAUCCUCAAACAACAAUCAUUUGGGAAAGUUUGAAAGAUGUGAAUGAUCUUUUGGACUCGGAUACUUUGAAGCCUUGUUUAUCAAACAAUAAUUUAAACGCACCUCCUGUAGGUCUUUGUGAUUAUACCCUUGCAGUUACAGGAGAUGUUUUUCGAUGGAUAGUUGACAACUGUGAUGAACUUAUAUUAUAUAGAAUGCUUGUUAAGGGGCAUGUAUUUGCUCGAAUGUCACCAGAUGAAAAACACGAACUAGUAGAAAAACUGCAAGAAAUGGGAUAUUCUGUUGGAUUUUGUGGUGAUGGAGCAAAUGACAUUGGUGCACUUAAAGGUGCAGAUGUUGGAAUAUCAUUGUCAGAGGCAGAAGCAUCUGUUGCUGCUCCUUUCACAAGUCGUAAAAUGGAAAUUGAUUGUGUUAUAGAGGUUAUAAAAGAGGGUCGUGCAGCUCUUGUUACUAGUUUUAGUUGUUUCAAGUUCAUGACUUUAUAUAGUAUUAUUCAAUUCACUACAGUUAUGGGACAAACGGGACCUUAUCAUAAUAUACAUCCUAAACGUCCAACUGCAAACUUGGUAUCCAAAAGUGUCCUUACUCCACUUUUAGGUCAAAUUUUUAUUCAAUCUGGAUUUCAAUUCUUUGUAUUUUUACUUGUAAGAAGACAGCCGUGGUAUAGACCACCUAAAUACGAUCCAGAUGACGAAAAAAUUAAAUGUUACGAAAGUACUGUCUUAUUUUUAAUAUCGUGCUUUCAAUACAUACUAAUGGCAAUAGUAUUUAGCGUUGGGCCUCCAUAUAGAAAACCUAUAACGAGUAAUGAGGAAACAAAUAGCGAGUUAGAAAAAACCUGUGGGAAAUAG